ACAUUGGGUUGUGAGAAGAGCAAAAUGGACUCGUCUAUAUGCGGAUGCAAGAGAAAUGUGAAUUGAACUUAUCUGUGUACAUAUAUGUAUUGAAUACAGAUUUGGAAACUCCUCUACUCUCUCUCUCUCUGUUUCUUUCUUUCUCAGCAUUGCCUAUAUCCCACAAAAGUAACAAGAAGCAAAAGAAUAUGUCUGGUAAGGAAGCUAUGGUUCCCCUACUAAAAGAUUUAGACCGCAAAGUUGAAGAAGAUGAUAUAGAACUGAGUCUGUCAAGAAAGGUUUGGAUUGAAUCGAAGAAGUUAUGGGAGAUUGCUGGUCCUGCAAUCUUCAGCCGCGUUGCCUCUUUUUCAAUGCUUGUUAUCACCCAAGCCUUUGCAGGUCAUCUGGGAAAUCUUGAACUUGCUGCCAUUUCCAUUGCAAAUAAUGUCAUUGUUGGAUUCGAUUUCGGUCUCCUGCUGGGAAUGGCUAGUGCAUUGGAGACGUUAUGCGGGCAAGCAUUUGGGGCCAAAAAGUACUACAUGUUGGGAGUGUACAUGCAGCGCUCAUGGAUAGUAUUAUUCUUGUGCUGCGUUUUGCUUUUGCCUCUGUAUCUCUUCGCCUCUCCAGUCUUGACGCUAUUAGGACAACCUAAAGAUGUAGCAGAAUUAUCAGGAGUUGUUUCCAUAUACCUGAUACCACUUCACUUCAGUUUUGCAUUUCAGUUUCCGUUGCAAAGAUUCUUGCAGUGCCAGCUGAAGAAUACAGUGACAGCCUUAAUUUCUUUAGUUGCUCUAGCGGUGCAUGUGAUCGUGAGUUGGCUGUUUGUGUACAAACUUCACCUUGGUGUGAUUGGAACUGCGAUGACUUUGAAUUUUUCAUGGUGGGUUCUUGUGUUUGGGCAUCUUGGUUACAUCAUCUUUGGUGGUUGUCCUCUUACUUGGAAUGGUUUCUCCAUUGAAGCCUUUUCUGGUCUUUGGGAUUUCACCAAACUCUCUGCUGCUUCUGGUGUCAUGCUAUGCUUGGAAAACUGGUACUAUAGAAUACUUAUCUUGAUGACCGGGAAUCUGAAGAAUGCAAAGAUUGCAGUUGAUGCCUUGUCCAUAUGCAUGACCAUAAAUGGCUGGGAAAUGAUGAUUCCUCUCGCAUUCUUUGCUGCUACCGGAGUAAGGGUUGCAAAUGAGCUAGGAGCUAGGAAUGGAAAAGGAGCAAAGUUUGCAACAACAGUAUCAGUGACCACUUCAGUUAUAAUAGGGCUUCUCUUCUGGGUAUUGAUAAUCUUAUUUCAUGAUAAAUUGGCUUGGAUAUUCAGUUCAAGCGAACCUGUUCUUAAAGCAGUAGACCAUCUCUCAAUUCUCUUGGCCUUCACUGUUUUGCUCAACAGUGUUCAGCCAGUUCUCUCUGGUACUCUUUCGGGUGGCUGUGGGAGGCAAAAGUACAUAGCAUAUAUAAACUUGGGUUGCUAUUAUUUGAUUGGCCUUCCGCUCGGAUUCUUAAUGGGUUGGUCGUUUCACUUUGGAGUAAUGGGAAUUUGGGCAGGAAUGAUUUUUGGUGGAACUGCAAUUCAGACCUUGAUCUUAGCUAUCAUUACCAUUCGUUGUAAUUGGGACCAAGAGGCAGAGAAAGCGUACUUGCUUGUAAUGAAAUGGUCCGAAGUCAAGUGAAAUUGAAGAUUGUAAUUGUUUUUCUACUAUCCAUGAUAUUAUAAGGAAAUAUUAUUAUUUUAUACAAUUUAAUGAUUUAUAAAAGAAUUAAUAAAUUUAUAAAAUAUUAAAUUUUUUAUAAA